AUGAGUAGUGCUCGAACAUGUAAUCUGUGUAUUUUACUUGUCUGUGGUUGCUUUGGCUUUAUUAUUUCGUUUGUUGGAAUAUGGCAUUAUUCAUAUGGAAUGUGGAAAACAACAAAUGGUUCGCACAUCAUCAUAAAACAUGACUUUAAUGGUACAGUGUCUCCAUUUCCAUUGUUUUCUUCUACUCCACCAACGUCUAAUCUUCCAAAUCGUUGGACAGAUUCAGAUUAUCAGUUAUGGAAACAAGAGAAGUAUUUCCCUCCUAAUAAACCACGAGGUAGUAUAGUUUAUAUGGUAAUGACAGGAGAUCGAAACUUACGUUCUCGUGGUGAUGUAAUGAUGUGUACUUUCGGAAUGACACUACAUCCAUCUCGUCUGUUUUUUGUGGGUGAAGCAUCUAGUGAUCGUCGUUUGCCAGUUUAUGAUGUGGUUCCUCGUUUAACACGACGACCUGUUGAUUAUACUGGCAGUAUGCAAAAGCUAGCACAAGGAUUAGCAUUAGUUACAAACAAGAUCAACAACGGUAGCUACAAAAAUGAAAUAAACUGGAUCAUGGUGAUGGAUGAUGAUACUUUUGUGACACCACAGAACUUAGAACCGUUAGCUUCUGAACACGACCAUCGACGUUCUCUUAUGAUUGGUACAGCUACUUGCGGAGUAGGGUUUUGCGGCGGUGCAGGAUAUCUUAUUUCUAGAGCGCUAUUUGACCAAUUUCCAAAGUUCAUCAAAAAAUGUCGUCCAAUACCUGGAUACCCUCAAAGCGAUCAGUUUGUACCAGCAUGUAUUAAGAGGAAAACACAAGUUGAAUUUAUCACUAGACCAGAGUUUCAUUCACAACCACCUGCCGUUUACUCGUCAGAAGAGAAGCCUCAAGAUCAUCCAGAUAGUUUAGCACGAGCAGUCACCUUUCAUUUUGUCAAACCAGCUGAAAACUAUAUUUCUCUAUGGGAACUACAGCAAACACAUAUUAACGGAAGGGUUAAUAAAAUUAAUCUCCAUACGUGA